CUCACACGCACUGGUUCGUCAGAACCUAGAAGAACGACGCUGCCGUACAGGAGGGUUCCCUCUUAGUUUUGCCACGAAGAAGAUCGCUGAGUUUUGAUUGGAUGUUCCAAUAGUGGCCUACCUACAUAGACGGACUCUAUAUAGGCCAUUUUGUCCAACUGUAGAUGCAGCUGUCAUUGUAUGCAAGAGUGGAAAAGAUAGAAUAGUUUUCUGGAAAAAAAGGGUACAUCAUUGCAUGGUGGAAAUGGUGCAAGGUCUUUCAUUAAGCACUCUUGCUACCUCUGGAAAGAGUGGGGUCUAUGGAUCAAUCGCUUCAUGGAGGAAGCAUUACAAGCUAAUGAAGAAAACUCAGAUAGCCUCUGCUACUGAUAGGCAUUACAUCUGGCCUCAGUACGUGCAGAGUCUAUUUUUAACAGCUAAUCCCAAUAUAUUAAGACACAGAAAUGUAAGGGUUGAAGCUGGAUGGCUGUUUAAAGGAGGUGGCCAGGGGUUGGAUGCUAGCUCAGAACGUAGUGAGAGUGCUAAUGAGGAUAUAUUGAUCUUCUUCUUCCAGCUUGACUUGGCCACUCGAGUACAGUAUGCUUUAAAUUUGGAGCAGUAUGAAACCGCUCAACAACUGAGAAACAAGCUUUCUGAGGUAGAAGCAGAGGUCAUGAGACAGCAAGAAGCAAAAAGGGGAUCAUCUUCAAAGAGCAAAGUUCAAGAUAAGGCUAUAAGUAUCAUACGUCUACGCGCAGACCUGCAGCACGCAAUUGAGAGUGAGAAUUAUGCUUUGGCAGCUGACUUACGGGAUGAAAUUUCCAAACUUGAGUCAGAGUCCUUGGCAGCGUCAGUUAAUGCUCUGGCAUAUGAAAAUGUACAAUAUUCAUUUCGUUUGGGGCAGAAAGUGAGGCACAAAAUCUUUGGCUAUUGUGCUGUAAUUUGUGGAAUGGAUCCUAUGUGCUGUGAAUCAAGUUCAUGGAUGGAGAUUGCUCAAGUUGAAAAGUUGAGUCGGGGUUCUAAUCAGCCAUUUUAUCAGGUUUUGGUUGAUGUACAUGCAGACCCCAAUCUACUGGUGGCUUAUGUUCCUGAGGAGAAUCUAUUAGCCCCUGACCAACCAGAUAUGGGCAGGUUUGAUCAUCCCUAUAUUUCCUUUUUAUUCUAUGGGGUGGACGGGGCUGGAGAUUUCAUCCCAAUCAAGCAGCUGCGUGAGAAAUACAAUAGGCCGCGGCAUGAAGUACCCUUCGAUUCGGAAGAUGAGAAGCCUGGUGGUGUUGCUUAAUGAAUGUACAUUUAAGCUUUUAGGAGUAUAAUUACCAUAUGGCACUUAGUAAUUUGGGUCUCAGUCGUUAUCUGAAAGUUUAUUUUGACUGUUAUAAUCUCAUUAGAUAUGAUCUACUGUAAUCCAUUUACUUGUAGAAUUCUUUUGGCUUCCUGGGAGGCGCUGUACAUUGUAUAUAUAAAUUCCUGGUUCACAUCUA